AUGUUGCAUCAGGUUCUUGAGUUGCGUCACACCCACCGUCGACCAACGAUCGCAGUGUUCCUUUACCUGAAAGGACCGUUCGACUCAGUUGACCGCGAAGCUCUGAUGGGCUCUCUUCUUCAAAAAAGAAUUCCCCGGGAGUCCGCACCAGAAUGUCUUCGUGAUCGAUUGUUUUCUCAGGCCAGUGAUGUUUGGAGCUGGGGCGUCACUUGCUGGGAGAUCUGGACUUGGGGUGCAGCCCCGUGGUCCGGUUUGGAUGCGGCUAAAUUGCUCAGUGUGCUCGAUUCUGGACGCCGGUUGGCCUGGCCUCGACUCACUUGUCCACGGCGUCUCUACCAGAUCAUGUUGGCCUGCUGGCGAGCGGAACCGGGACGGCGACCAUCGUUCACCUAUUUGGCCGAUCGCUUGGAUCAAAUACGUCCGUUUGAAGUGGUAGCAAUGCAAACAUUGGACGAGGCAGACCGACUAGGUCUGGAAGCUGGCGAUGUGAUAGUCGUCUCCGAUGGUCGUCCUCAAAAUUUCUGGUGGCGUGGACAGAAUCGUCGUACCGGGGAAGUCGGAUCGUUUCCUCGGGGCAUUGUUCAACGGGACUCGAAAUUGUCGUGUGAGUUCCCGCACGGGGGUUCCCUUUUUACCGCAUCGAAUUUCCUGCCCGUGUGCAUCACAAUCCCACUUGGAUUUGCACAUCCUUCGACUGGUUACGAAUUCCAGCGU